GCUAAUAAUGAUCUAGGACUCAAGCUUUACCAAAUACUUGUGACGGGAAACUCUGAGAACAUCUUUUUCUCUCCUUUCAGCAUAUCUAACGCAUUUGGAGUGCUAUUUGCUGGAGCCAAGAAAAACACAAAAAAGCAACUCAGAUCUGCUUUAGGAUAUGACUCAGCCAAAUUGAACAGUAGCAAGGUUUCCACAGCCUUCGACCAAUACCUUGAGAUGGUUUUACCCCAAAACCAAUCACCCAAUCCUGAAUACACCUUGAAUCUUGCCAAUGAAUUAUUGCUAGACGAAAACUUUAUCGUAUACACCAGUUACAAAAAUCAAGUACGAGAUUUUUUCCACGCAUAUGUCGAAAAUGUCGAUUUUCUGGAAAAUUCAGAUCAAAUUAUGGAAGAAGUUAAUGAUUGGGUAAAUGAGGUGACUCGUGGAAAAAUCAGCGAGCUCUUAAGUGAUUUGAGUACAGAAACAAAACUUCUCAUAAUAAACGCUAUUUAUUUCAAAGGUACGUGGAAAACAGAGUUCGAAGCAAGGGAUACAUAUUAUGAGGACUUUUAUAAUUAUGGAUCAGAUUCUGAAGUCAAGUAAGCUUAGUGUUUUCUUCUAUA